ACACAGCCCGCAGUCGUGCUUCAUACACGUGUUGGGCUGGUGAGAGGGUAGAUGGGAUUUUAGGGAAGCACAGUAUCAAAUAGCACCAAUAUUUGGAUCGAAGUUUGUAAAGGUCCUUUAAACUGUUUUCGUCGGCGACGCUCUGUUUUGAGAGGAGUCUUUGACUGCGGAAUAUUUCGAUACCAGAGCAACAAUGAUGAAGUACAUCCUGGUAACCGGAGGAGUCAUCUCAGGCAUUGGCAAAGGCAUCAUUGCGAGUAGUGUGGGCACAAUCCUCAAGUCAUGUGGCCUGCAUGUAACUGCCAUCAAGAUCGACCCUUACAUCAACAUAGAUGCAGGCACUUUUUCACCCUAUGAGCAUGGUGAAGUGUUUGUCCUGGAUGAUGGAGGCGAGGUGGACUUGGAUCUGGGGAAUUACGAACGGUUCCUUGACAUCCGGCUGACGAGAGACAACAACCUGACCACGGGCAAGAUCUACCAGUCAGUCAUCAACAAGGAGAGGAGGGGAGACUACUUGGGCAAGACUGUGCAGGUGGUGCCACACAUCACAGAUGCAAUCCAGGAAUGGGUUGUGAAACAGGCCCAAGUACCAGUUGACGAUGAUGAUGUAGAACCUCAAGUGUGUGUUAUUGAGCUGGGAGGCACUGUCGGAGACAUAGAGAGCAUGCCGUUCAUCGAGGCCUUCAGGCAGUUCCAGUUUAAAGUGAAGAGAGAGAACUUCUGUAACAUUCAUGUCAGUCUGAUACCACAGCCCAGUGCAACAGGAGAGCAAAAGACCAAACCAACACAGAACAGCGUCCGAGAGCUGAGAGGCCUGGGUCUGUCUCCCGAUCUGAUCAUGUGCCGCUGUUCUACUGCUCUGGAGAACUCUGUCAAAGAGAAGAUCUCAAUGUUCUGCCACGUAGAGCCUCAGCAGGUCAUCUGUGUGCACGACGUGUCGUCUAUCUACAGAGUGCCGUUACUGCUGGAAGAUCAGGGUGUGGUGAGCUACUUGAGCAGGAGGCUGAAUAUGCCCAUAGAGACCAGACCAAGGAAGAUGCUGACUAAAUGGAAGGAGAUGUCUGACAGGUCAGACAGACUUCUAGAGCACUGCUCUAUUGCACUGGUGGGGAAGUACACAAAGUUCUCAGACUCGUAUGCUUCUGUUAUAAAGGCUCUCGAACACUCUGCACUCGCCAUCAGCCAUAAGUUGGAGGUUAAGUAUAUAGACUCAGCGUACUUGGAGCCAAGCGCUAUGCAGGAGGACCCAGUGAAAUAUCACGAGGCAUGGCAGAAACUCUGCAGCUCUGAUGGCAUCCUGGUUCCAGGAGGUUUUGGUGUGAGGGGAACUGAAGGAAAGAUUCAUGCCAUUAACUGGGCCAGAAAACAGAAAAAACCCUUCCUAGGUGUGUGUCUUGGAAUGCAGCUGGCUGUAUGCGAAUUUGCCAGAAACGUGCUCGGCUGGACAGAUGCCAACUCAACUGAAUUUGACCCAGAAACAAAACAUCCUGUGGUGAUUGAUAUGCCAGAACACAACCCCGGGCAGAUGGGUGGCACCAUGAGGCUUGGAAAGAGACGAACCAUUUUCCAAUCCACCAACAGCAUACUACGAAAGCUUUAUGGAGAUGCAGAAUAUGUGGAUGAAAGGCACAGACAUCGAUUUGAGGUCAACCCUGAGCUUAAGAGCCACUUUGAUGAGAAGGGCUUCCGCUUUGUAGGCCAGGAUGUGGAAGGAGAGAGGAUGGAGGUCAUUGAGCUUGACGAUCACCCAUAUUUCAUUGGAGUGCAGUACCACCCCGAGUUCACCUCACGCCCCAUCAAGCCAUCACCCCCCUACCUCGGUUUGUUGCUUGCUGCUGCCGGGAAGCUGCAGAGCUACUUACAGAAAGGCUGCCGUCUGUCUCCACGGGACACAUACAGCGAUCGGAGCGGCAGCAGCACACCUGACUCUGAGAUAUUGGAACUGAAAUUGCCUUCUCUCUCAAACGAAUGACCGAUCUAUGAAGACAUAUUUUAAUACAUUACUUAUGAACUAAGCCUGCUACCCUCAAGUGUUGGACUCACUGGAAAACUAUACUGUAGACAUCUUGUGAUACUAAGGUUGGCAUUUCCUUCAGUGCAGAGCUGAUUACAGGCAGCUGUGGAUUAUACUAUGGAGCUUUCACCUCUAGAGCAAACUAUACUCAUGAAAUUUAACACCACUGUCUUUAUUUUCAAAUAAAACCUAGUAGUAUUCAUACCUGAAAUUUCUGUAAAUGUUACAGAACACUAGACUAUCCUAAUUGGAUUUUCAGUUGUCACUCAUCUCAAACAACUGCACUAUAGUGCAGGUUUUAAAAACAAAAAAACAAAAACAUGGAGCCAUGGGAUUGGUAACUUAAGUCUAAUUCACUUUUUUAGGGGGAGUCAAGGAAGUAAAUUGACAAGGUCAGCUUAACCUCAGGUGGUAGGGCAAUAGUUGAUCAGCUAUACAAAUCAUGUGUUCCUAAUGUACUUAGACUCAAAUUUGAGUCUCAUAUUGUGAUGUUGGGCUAGUAUCCCUCCUGAGACCUGAGCUCUUGUUUGUGAUGCAUUUUUAAUUUCUCCCAGAUAUUUGUGACUAGAUGGACCUGAUGUGUGUAUAAAAUAAGCUUCCUCUUUGAAUGGGAAGUUGUAUUGUUACAUGGUUGUUACAUUUGUGAAAACAAGAAUGUCCUCAGAUGUGGACAAAGGGAUUAUUUUUAAAGUAUAAAACACCAAUGAGCAGAAUAAAGUAUAAGGUGCAGCAAAGCCAAACACAGGGUCUCAGGAGGUUAAGGUACUGCAGUCAGACAAUAGCAAAUGGUGACAAGUCUUCCCUCCCAAUUUCCUUAUGUUGACUUCCACAACAAUAACUGCAUUUCCAUAUGCUGCUGUAAAGCUGUUACUUUUGUUGCUGUUGUAGAUCAAGUACCAUUUAGUUCACGGUUACUGUGGCCUUAAUAUAAAUAUAUGUACUACAGACUUGCAGCUUAUUUCAUUGCCUGUUGAGUACAUUAAGAACAAGAAACACGGGGUGUCCGAGG